UUGUAUAUAAGAGAAAGUUCCUUUUCAGUGCUUGUGCCGAGUAGAUCUGCUUCAUCGUAACCAGUCAAUCAAACUUUAAACAGUGCAAGCCCCCAGACAUGAAUAUGGAUUCAGACUGCAACAUGGCUCCAGUAACUUCCGGAAACGGCAAACUUCGCCAGUGGUUGAUUGAUCAGAUUGACAGUGGGAAAUAUCCCGGGCUGGUCUGGGAGAAUGAAGACAAGACGAUUUUCCGCAUUCCUUGGAAACACGCCGGGAAACAGGAUUACAACCGAGAGGAGGAUGCGGCACUUUUCAAGGCUUGGGCACUUUUCAAAGGCAAAUUUCGUGAGGGAAUUGACAAGCCAGACCCCCCAACUUGGAAGACCAGACUGAGAUGUGCCUUAAACAAGAGCAAUGAUUUUGAGGAAUUGGUUGACCGCAGUCAACUCGACAUCUCAGAUCCAUACAAAGUGUACAAAAUUAUUCCAGAAGGAGCAAAAAAAGCAGGAUCAAAGCAAAUGAGCAUGGAAGGUCCACAGAUAUCAAUUAACCACCAUUCAUAUCCUACAUAUCCAUCAAUGCCACCCCAGAUACCCAACUAUAUUGUACAACAUGAACGUGGCUGGAGAGAUUAUGAACAGCCGCAUCCAGAACUCUCCUAUCAGUGCCCAACUGUGCCAUUUCCUCCACGAAACCACCAUUGGCAAGGCCCUGGUUGUGAUAAUGGUUAUCAAGUGACUGGAUCAUUUUAUGCUUGUGCACCAACUGAAUCGCAAGCACCUGGUAUUUCAAUAGAACCUACUAUGAGAUCUGCUGAAGCACUGGCCCUUUCAGACUGUCGACUACACAUUUUUUUGUAUUAUCGAGAAACCCUGGUGAGAGAAGUGACAACAACAAGCCCUGAAGGUUGUAGAAUAGCCCAUGGCCAAGAUGAUAAGCUAUUUGCAGCUAGCAACAUAGAUCAGGUGCUGUUCCCUUAUCCAGACAGCAAUUCACAACGCAAGGGUAUUGAAAAACUACUCAGUCACUUGGAGAAGGGAGUCCUGCUGUGGAUGACACCUGAUGGUCUCUAUGCCAAACGAUUGUGCCAGAGCAGAAUCUACUGGGAAGGACCUUUAGCACCAUACAGCGACAGGCCUAACAAGCUGGAGAGAGACCAAGUCACAAAACUUUUUGACACACAACAGUUUUUAGCAGAACUACAAAGCUAUGCACACCAUGGUCGAUCACUUAUGCCCAGGUUCCAAGUUGUGCUCUGUUUUGGUGAGGAAUUUCCAGAUCCACAGAGAUCAAGAAAACUUAUCACAGCACAUAUCGAGCCAGUGUUUGCCAGGCAGCUUUUUUACUUCACUCAACAGAACAGUGGACACUUGCUUAGAGGGUUUGAAAUACCUGAUCAUGUGAACAGCCCAGAGGAUUAUCACAGAACCAUUCGACAUUCAAUCCAAGACUAAAAUUAUGAAGACAAAUAAUUGUUAUUAUGCUGAUCAAACUACGAAUCCAGCACUUCUUGUUCUGGAGUGCCAUUGCAUGGCAUCAAACUGGACAUCAGAAGUCAUUGAAUCUACGACUGAGGGCUGUGCCACAACACUGUCCUGACAAUAUUACAUUGUGAGAGAUGAAACAUUGUGACAAACUGACUCCUAAUAGCUGAUGAUUUCAUGUUGCUGUUCAGGAAUGAAGAUACAUGAAUUUGCCCACUUCUCCUUGGAACACAUUUUGUUGUGUAAUCCAAUGAUUUUUAAAAUAUAUUUAUUUUAACAUUUGCCAUUCUCAGGGAAUUUUUUUUACAUCGCAGAUGUAAAAGUGAAUUCUGGGAUAUAAUAUCCUAUAUGAUUAUGCAUUUUACUUUUUUAUAAAUAGUCGUUUGUUAAUUUUUUAAGCUGUUAAACAGUUAGUUUUGUUCUAUUAAAAUAUGAAGUCCAACUUCUAAAAGACAAUUUAAUAGGUGUUAUUAUCAUUGUUAUGAAUGUGUCUACUUUAUUACCAUGAAAAUGAAUAUCGUUUGAAUAUAACCAUUUGGAAAUGUUUCUUUAAAUACCAACAAAAAGCAGCAAUCCUCAAAAUUCUAUAAGUAAUGACCCACAACAAAAGUCAGUGACACAAUAUAACAACUGGUUAGACAGUAAUUAAAAUUAGCAUCAGACCAGUACUGAGGCUUCCUGUUUUCAUGUUAGUCAAAUGACUUUUUUUUAAGUCCCAUGUUUACCAGCUGUUAUUAAGCUAGUGGAGCAAUUCCAGAUAUGAGGUACAGAAUCAGUUUCUUCCUGGUGCAGGCUGCUCAGUCACGAAGGGAACCUAUCAUGAUAAACUAUUGCAUUACUUUUUUGAUGCUAUAUGUAAUGCAAAUGAGCAUAAUAGUGUCAAAAGUGCACUCGCCUUUGUUGAUGUCCUUCAGCCACAGGCCACAA